AAUUAAACGAUGCCAAAAAGUAACUAAAACAAGAGGUGGCCUUUAGUUUCAAUGGAGGAAAAGAUUCCACUGUAAGUUCAAAUCUUUAAAAGUUUCGCCGUUAUCUCUCGACGUUGCUAUGGCGCGUCUCCCACCACGAGCACCAGAUCUGGUCUCGUCUCCUCUCUACGAAUUCAGCGAACUAAACAAUCUCUCAGUUGUACUCUGCUCUCUGACAUGGAUCUCAAGCCUCCGGACGGUGAGAUCGAAGCUACGUCGACCGUAACCACUAACUGCUCCUUGCCAGCCUCCUCCUCUCCAGUGAAUAACAGCCUCUCUGUGAAAUCGUCAUCUCUCAAUGCUGAGAUUAUGAUGGGUGAAGCUCCGAUUCAAACAAAUACUGCUUCGAUUGUAGAUCCCCUUCUUUGUGACGAUGAGCUCUCCAACGCUCCUCUUGGAAUCACCGAUCAGUCAACUGCUAUCACUGAAGCAUCAUCGCCACUGGUAGACUCAGAUAUAGUUCCUCUCACUGAUGAGGAAUCUGAACUAUCUUCUAACCCACCAAAUGCUUUCAUACCAUCGAUUGGAGCAUGGGCUAAACCUCUUGCAUUUGCACCGCCUCCUACUCCACCAACACCAGCAACGCCGUCGGGUUUUGACCCGCAAUAUCUCUACAACUUACUUGACUCUUUCUGGCCAACUCUAAAUGAUGGAAUUGGGAAAAAUCAGAAGAAAAGAGACCAACGAGCUGCUGUUCGAGAGUUUCCACUCGCUCCUGUUCCAAAAAUUCCUGUUCCGGAACUUAAAGAUGAUGGAAGCUUGAGGUUUCCAUGGGCUGCUAGAAUGAAUCCUGCUACAAGAAAUCUUUAUCGAGCGGCUAAUCCUACCUUCCGACUUGACGGAACUCCUCAGGUUACCAUCCCUUCUCAGGUUCUUAGUUUAGGACCAGAAAAUAAAAGAGAGUAUCUGAUUGGCCAGUUUCAUCGUUGCUCUCUACCUCCUGGAGGUUUGAUUCAUGCUGUAGUAAAUAGGCUGUGGGGAAGAAGUUGCAGAAUAGGAUGUCGUAAGCUUAGCGAGUCAUCUUAUAUGUUUCACAUUCCUCAUGAUUCAACUCGAGAAUGGGUAGUUCAGAGAGGUGUAUGGCAUGUUGACGACUGUUUGUUAUUUGUUUCGCCUUGGAAAUCAGUAAAUUCGCUCAAAGUCCCUGAAGUAUCAACUAUCCCGGUUUGGGUAAACUUAAAGAAUGUUCCAGAUUGUUGUUAUUCAAGAUUAGGUCUCAGUCAUGUAGCAUCAGGACUUGGUGAGCCUAUGCAAACACACAAACCGCGCCUUGAUCCGACUUGCUUGGGGGAAGCAAAGGUUUUAGUUGAAGUAGAGCUUGACAAACCCUUUCCUAAGCAAAUUGUCUUAGAUGACAAACAAGGUAAUAUAUUCUUGGUAGAUGUUGAGUAUACUUGGAUUCCGAGUACUUGUGGUAGAUGUGGACACUUAGGACAUAAAGAGAAAAGAUGUCUACUCCCAGCUGUCCAAAAGAAUGAGGAAACACUUCCAGUGAAUGAGGUGAUGAAUGAAGAUCGAGGGGUUGGGUCGGAUAAGGAACAAGCUCAGGUCUAUGCUGCAUCGGAAAAAGAGGUGGUACAAGUUGAAGAUUCUGAAGCAAAUUUGGAUUUAGCUUCUACUGAUCAAAUUUUAGAACCCACUAAUGUGACAGAGAUUGAAGAGUUGCAAUCACAAAAGGGUGUUGAGCUUAAGGCUCUUUCAACGCCGGUACUGCUCCUGCUCCGGCUGAACCAACUAUUAUGGAAGAAAUUCCAUCUCAUAUUAUUGUUUCCGAGACCAGUUUGGAAUCAGGAGGCAAUUCAUUGGCCUUUAUGUACACACCUACGCAUGGCAGCCCUUUUCACAAUGCUAUUGAGCAAUUCAAUGUUCAUGAUGUUGGAGAUGGGUUAAUGAGUGAUGCUACGGCAAAUCUCAACAUGUCAAGAGGUGGGAGGCCAAUAAAACCAAGUCAAAAAUAUCAAGAUAAGGAUUGGAUCAAGAUACAAGGGAAAGGUAAGCGAGGUCGUCGAGGCCGUGGAUACCACACUCCCUAGUGUUUCCUUCUUUCUUAUCUUGUUUUAUUAAGCUUAUGUCCAUAAGUUUCUAUUUUCUAAGUUAUUGCUUAGCUCAAUAUGAGAUUGUUUCUCAUCAUGCUCUCUAAAACUUUAUGGUUUCAAAACCAUACCUUGUAUGUUUUAUGUUUUUAAUUUGAA